AUGUCAAAUUCAUUUUAAUCAGGCGAAAAUAGUCAAAGAUUAAAUUUAGAAGAUGAAGAGAGAAUUAUUUAAAACAUAGGAGAUGCAAUAAAAGUAAAAGUUUAUAGUUGUCACUUAAAUAUCGAUUAAACGAGUAUUAUUUAAUAUGGUACAAAACUCGUAUCUUUUGCUAUUUCAGCAGCUCUACUUAGCGUAUCUAAUACAAUAGGGUAAUUGGCUUUAGAUAUUGGAGAAAAUUUUGAAGUAGAACAUGAAUUUCUUGUAAUAAAAUGUGUAAAUGGCUAUAUCAGAUUUGAUUGGGGACCAUAUGGUCUAAAAAUUAAAUUAAGUUAAUUCAAGUCAAGAUUAUUCACAGCUAAUGAAAAUGCUCGACCAAAAUGGAAUCUUCUAAAAAGUUGGAAAGUUCGAUUUAGAUAUGGCAAAUAAUUGCGAAAAAUUGUGGAAAUGAUGUAAUAAAUAUUAGAAGCUGAGAGAUUUAAAUAUGAUGCUUUGAACUUUAAUUGCAAACAUUUUACAAGAAUGAUGUUUUGUUGGUGCCAAGAUAAAGCAAAAUGA